AUGAAGAGGAAUAGGAACGUGUGCGUUGGCAGCAGCAGAAGCAGCAGCAGCACCAGGGAGAGCCGGUCUGGGCUGUGGACUCCGUUGCGUGCGGCGGAACCCUCAACUGGAGUUGCGGAUGACUUGGACUGCGGCGCCGUGGAUUUGAACUCGUUGUGCAGUUCUGUGGUGAAGGUCUACAGCGACUUCACAGACCCAAAUUAUGCGCUGCCGUGGCAGAUGCAGCGACAAGGCAGCAGCACUGGUAGCGGCUUCAUUGUCCACCCUUCAGCGGGAGGGGGCGAGCGUAUCAUCCUUACCAAUGCGCACUGUGUGGCCUGGAACAACAGACUCCACCUUAGAAAACACGGCUCGCCGAUUAAGUUUCCCGCAAGAGUUUUGGCUGUAGCGCACGAAUGCGACCUGGCAGUCCUUACUGUAGACAACGAUGAUUUCUGGGCAGACACACAAGGCCUUCUCUUUGGAGAGGACGGGGUGAUCGUCUUGGGCUAUCCGCGCGGAGGAGACAAUCUCUGCAUCACUUCAGGGGUUGUCAGCAGAGUGGACGUCAAUACUUAUGCCCACUCCAAUACGGCGUAA